GGAUAAUGCUGGACGUGGAGUCGGCAAGAGGAGCAUGAUUGUAUACUCUUACUGAGUUUACAGUGUUUCACGGUGCGGCAUUAAAUUUAUGAUAAAAUAAUGUCAAAAAGAAGUCAGCCUGUAUGGUCACGGCCGGCAAAGAAUGAAGAAAGGCCAGCGUUGCGGUUAUACAACAGCUUAUCGCGGCAAAAAGAGGAAUUCAUAUGCUCCAAUGGCAACAGGGUGAACUGGUACACCUGCGGGCCCACUGUCUACGACGCCUCCCACAUGGGUCAUGCCAGGUCAUACAUAUCUUUUGACAUUCUUAGACGAGUAAUGUCUAAUUACUUUAACCUGGACAUUCUGUAUGUGAUGAACAUCACAGACAUAGAUGACAAAAUCAUCAAAAGGGCAAGACAAAACCAUUUAUAUCAAAAAUAUGCAAAGGAAGAAAGAGAUUUGAGUAAAACAAUAGAUGAUGCAACAACUGUUGUGAAUUACUAUGAGAACAUUGUCAAGAAUACUGGUGACCCAGAUAAAAAAGUUGCUAUGCAAAAGAUGUUGGACAAGGUAGCAACAGCAGUUAAGGAUCUCAAGUUGGCAGUUGAAAGUAAAAACGAUGACAAAAUCGCUGAAGCAAAGAAAGCAUUGCUCACAUCAGCUAAAGACCCAAUAUCAGAAUGGUUAGACAGCCAGUUUAGUAGUACAGUCACAGAUAAUGCAAUAUUCACUGAAUUACCAAGAUAUUGGGAAAAUGAGUUUCAUAAAGAUAUGAAAGCUUUGAAUGUCCUACCCCCCGAUGUGUUAACAAGAGUUAGUGAAUAUGUCCCACAAAUCGUUAAGUUUAUAGAGAAGAUCAUUGAGAACGGUCUAGCAUAUGAAUCAAACGGCUCAGUAUAUUUCAAUGUCAGCGAGUUUGACAGCAAGAAGCACCAUCACUAUGCCCGGCUGGUACCUGAAGCAUAUGGAGACACUAACUCGUUGCAAGAAGGGGAAGGUGACUUGAGCGCCGACAGCUCAGAGAAGCGUUCGGCCAACGACUUCGCGCUGUGGAAGCGCAGCAAGGCGGGCGAGCCGUCGUGGGCGUCGCCGUGGGGCGCGGGCCGGCCCGGCUGGCACAUCGAGUGCUCCGCCAUGGCGGCCGACGUGCUCGGAGACAAGCUGGACGUGCACACCGGCGGCGUGGAUCUCAAGUUUCCGCAUCAUGACAAUGAGCUGGCUCAGAGUGAGGCAUACUUCGACAAGCCCGGAUGGGUGAACUACUUCCUGCACACGGGUCACCUGACCAUCGCGGGCUGCAAGAUGUCCAAGUCGCUCAAGAACUUCGUCACCAUCGGCGACGCGCUACGCCGGCACAGCGCGCGGCAACUUCGCUUAGCGUUCCUACUUCACGGCUGGAAGGAGACGCUAGACUAUUCUCCUAAUACCAUGGAGAUGGCUAUUCAGACCGAGAAGAUGUUUAACGAAUUUUUCCUGACGGUGAAGGACGCUAUGCGCGCAGGGUAUGACGAGGGCUGCGGAGGCUCCUGGGACGACGAGGAACGCACUCUGGCCGCCAAGCUGCAGGCCACUAAGGACCAGGUCCACGCCGCGCUCUGCGACAACAUCGACACGCGCGGCGCGCUGGACGCGCUGCGCGAGCUGGUGGCGGCGUGCCACGUGUUCCUGCGCAAGGCCGCGCCGCGCCCCGCGCCGCUGCUGGUGGCGGCCGCGCGCUACGUCACCGACGUGUUGCACGUGUUCGGCGCCGUCGAGGGGCCUCGCGGCGGCAUCGGCUUCCCGGUCGGAGACGGCGACGACGUCUGCCUAGAGGAAGUGGUGAUGCCCUACCUAGAAGCGCUGAGCAAAUUCCGCGCGCGCGUUCGGGACGCGGCGCGAGCGGUCAAAGCUUCAGACGUACUGGCUCUGUGUGACCAUCUGCGCGACGUCGACCUGCCCGAGCUCGGCGUGCGGCUCGAGGACAAGCCCGACCGCACAGUGGUGAAACUGGUUAGCAAAGAAGAGCUGAUGCGAGAGAAGGAAGAAAAGAAGCGUGUAGAAGCUGAGAAGUUAAAGAAGAAGCAGGAGCUGGCCGAGGCGCAACGCCUCAAGGACGAACUCAAGAAGAUUCCGCCCGGGGACCUGUUCCGCAAAGAGCUCGACAAGUACUCGCAGUUUGAUGACAAGGGUCUUCCAACCCACGAUCACGAAGGUAAGGAAUUAAGUAAGGGACUCGUCAAGAAGCUGCAGAAGCUGCAGCAGGCUCAGGAGAAGAAAUACAACGAGUACUUAGCCUCCCUCAACGCGAACAGUGGUUAGCAUGGAUCAGUUCAUAUUUUAAUUACAACUUAUCCUAGAGACUGAAUUUGCGUUCUCGGGUUUACAGCAUGAUACCUAGGUAUUCUAGACUAAGUUUACCUGGCGGGCAAACAAACGCGUGAUAUAGCUUAUCGCGUCGGUGCGUCCUUUUCGCUUCUUCUGAAAGUGCUAUAGGGACGCACUUACGUGAUAGACUAUAUCACACUAGUGUGCUAGGCCCGCUGAAGUUGCAAUAUUUUUAAGAUUUAUAUUUGAGAAACAUUUUCAGUCUUUGGGAUUUAAAACAGAUUUUGAAAAAUAUUCGUCCUGCGCCGCGCGUGGUUGUAACCGAAUUGUAAUUAUAGUACUGGCUGGUUCACCAAUAGUUUAGAAAUAUUCGUGAAAGCAUAUUUUUGAAGUGGAUGCUUCUUUGUUUAUAGCCUUGUGCCGUGUCUUCAAUGUUAUAGCAUGUAUUAUCCGCAUUUUGUGCGCCACAUUCCAAUCUUUUUAUAGUACUGGCGAAUUAUACCUAAUAAUAGUAGUAUGUAGUUGCAAUAUCACCAUUAAUCAUGUUGAUGGAUUAAUAGAACAAACAAGGCUGAAUAAGAAGUGCCCGCUUAUACGAAUUUCUUAAACGGGAACCAGGGAUGGAUUGCACAAACUUGCAUUUAAUUGUCAUUAUUUCAUUUGUUUUCAUUAAUUGUCUCACUUUAUUGCUUAGAGAAUUAAUUUAUUUAUACUAAAGUUAUGGCAAUGUUAACGUGUUUUAAAACAACAAAAUAAAUGAUAUACUCUGUGCGGAAGGAGAAAAGUCAUUCCAACUUCUCUUUCCGAAUAGGCCUUAGUAAUGCUCGAUAUCAAAGCAAUGACAGGGGAACUUUCAGCAGUGCUUUGAAACAAAAACCUUUUACAAAAAACAACGUCUACAUCUCACGCUGUAAAUUUCAUGCUUUACCGUAAUGUAACGUAAUACUAAUACAACAGAAACUACGAUCUAAUCAGUAUUACAAUCAUUGCCUAACAUAUGCAUAUGCAUUAAGUAAAUGAAAAAGUUGAUUUGUGUUCAAAUUAUAUCAAAUUUUAUACUUAUAAUAAAAAGUAUUGGCAUAU